AUGGCUGGUGCAUCAUCCUCCUCGGAUGGAGGAUAUCGAAUUUUCGAUGGUGAACAGGAAGACUCCAGGGAGUACAAACGCUGGAAGGAAGCUUCGGAUGAGAUGAGCGAGAUCAUGACCGCCGUCUUCAACCUGCGAGCUGCUGAAGGGGAGACCUUGAAGACUUGGGUCUCGAGGGCAUCGGAGCUCUUCGACCGAUGCCAAAGGAAGACGAAUGUCUCCUUCCCGGAGGAGGCCAGAGGCUGGAUCAUACUCCAUAGAUCGGGUUUGAAUGAUGAGCAGAAGGCAGUCUGCCUAGCCCGGUCGCUUGGAGUGUUGAAGCGAGAGGAGAUCGCCAAGGCCAUGAGAUCGUGCUAUGCCGAGUUCGUGACCCCUCGAAGGAAGUCCUAUGCUGCUGGUCUGAUUGAGACCGAUCGAGGAGAGCUCACAGCUGACCAUGAAGAGCACGACGAGGCCAUGCAAGAAGUGGAACAGUUUUUGGCUGAGCAUCAACUCGCAGAAGAAGGAGAAGAACCUGGAGACGAUGAACACUACGAUGAAUCGGAGGUCGCGGAGGCUCUUGCCGUGACCUGGCGUGACAAGAGGAAAGAGUUGAAUCGUCUUCAGAAAGAACGGAAGUUCAAACAGGAAGUCAUGCUGGCUGAUGAACAGGCAGUUCAAUCCACAGAGUCCGCCAAGGCCUCCAUGUCCAUGCCUGAGCCUGCCGAUGAGCUUCCACUGGACACUCGCCAAGUGGAUGAGAUGAAAGCGGUUCUGCGAACGCUGCCCAGCUACCGACAAGCCUCCGAGGGUUUGCAAGUGCCAUGUGAUGCCAUCUCAUCACAGGCCAUCCAAGAAGUGAUGAUGGUCAAGGAAGUGGUCAUGGAUUCGGCCCAGACGAACUUAGGACUCCCUCAGAUUUGUGCCACAUCCUCCGAGUUCGACAGUGAAUUUUCCUUUGUUGAGCCUACUGGAGGAACGAUGGCCGACAGCUGCAAGCGCCGAGAUGAGGGCACCGAUGAGAAUCCGUUCACCAAGAAGAGUGCCUUGAGUCUAGAUGCACUGGACUCAGUUGAAGGAGGUGGAUACACCUUCAAGUCGCUGGAAAAAGAGUUCGGGUCAUCUCCUCUGACCCAUCGUGAGGUGGUUAACACCAUGGAUAGCACAGAGCUCCCAUCGCUCCCAGCGGGAGUUCCGGACGUGGCCACCUGGGGAAAGACACUGAUUAAGUUCGGUCAGUUUGGCAAGCAGAACAUGACCUACUAUGAGCUCGCUUCCAGUUCAGAAAGCCGCUGUCAGGGUUACACCGAAUGGUGUAAGGAUCAUGGAAAAGGUGCCAAGGGACAUCUCCGCGACCUCGUGGACUAUUUGAGCCAUUAUGAUGCUGCUCACGGAGUGUCUCAAGCCCCGAUCAUCCCAGGCACUUCCAUGAAGAGAGAGUUCAAGGCAUGA